CCUUUACGUCAAUGUACAGAGCGUUAAAAUGAAGAAGUCACACUGAUUCAAACUCUCUGUUAACUAUAUUCCUCGCUGUCAGGUUGUGAUUUAGUUAAUUUAGGACGUCGAACGGAGUUUAAUAUCUAUAAUGGACAAUAGAUUUCUGUACAUCAUUGUAGCUACAUGAUGUACAGAAAUAUGAGUAUGUUUGUUUUAUUUUUCGUCCCGUUUCUCGUGGAUGAUGGAGUGUUUGGAGAUGAUACAGUGAAGACAUUAUCAGUGAUGGAGGGAGACUCUGUUACUCUACAAACUGACGUUACUGAAUUACAAAAAGCCGAUCUGUCACUGUGGACAUUUGGACCCGCAAGAACUCGUAUAGCUCAAAUCAACAGACAGAUUAGUAAGAUCUCAUAUUAUGAUGAUCUUAAUCAGAGAUUCAGAAACAGGCUGCGAAUGGACAGUCAAACUGGAUCUCUGACCAUCACAAACACCAGAACCGAACACUCUGGAGCUUAUGCAUUUUUACAGAUCAUUGGUGGAAAAGACGUCCCGCCCAAGAAAUACAAUGUUAUUGUUUCUGCUCGUCUGCCUGUUCCUGUCAUCAGCAGAAACUCUUCACAAUGUUCUUCAUCAUCAUCAUCAUGUUCACUGGUGUGUUCAGCUGUGAAUGUGAGUCAUGUGACUCUCUCCUGGUACAAAGGAAACAGUUUAUUGUCCAGCAUCAGUGUGUCUGAUCUCAGCAUCAGUCUCUCUCUACCUCUGGAGGUGGAAUAUCAGGAUAAAAACACCUACAGCUGUGUGCUGAACAAUCCCAUCAGCAACCAGACUCAACAUCUGGACAUCACUCACCUCUGUCACACAUGUUCAGGUUUGUUUACAGGUUAUAUGACGCUGGUUUGUGUUUCUGCUCUGGCUUUGGCUCUGACUGUGGCUGUGGUUUUUUGUGGGGUUUUUUACUAUUACCAUCAACGCAAGAUGUCUAAACAAGCAGAUCAAGGGGGCCAACCUGUUGGAAUAGAACUUAUUGUUAGUCCAGCUAAUGGCCAGCCGAAUGGAGAAGAAUGUACUGUUAAUCCAGCUAAUGGUUCAAUUGUUGAAAAAGAUGAAAUCAAGUCCUUAUUAGCGAUGGUAGGACAACCUUUCACUCUACGCACUGUUGUCAGUGAAAUCCAGGAAAAUGAGCAGAUACGCUGGAAGUUCGCUUGUUCCAAAGGAUACAAUUCCACUGAAUUUGUUGUCAUCACUAAAUGGGAUAAAACCAAUGAUAAGGAAUACUUAUAUAAUGAAGGAAGAUUCAAAGACUGUUUGAAACUGGACCACAAAACUGGAUCUCUCACCAUCACAAAAGUUACUCCUGAACACUAUGGAUAUUAUAAACUACAAAUCACCAGCGAUGGAAAGAAGGUCUCAAAGACGUUCAAUGUUGUUGCUCAUCUUCAAAAGAAAAGAGAGCGAACCCAGAGGAGACAAACCGCUCCUUUAUAAUGCAAGAGGACACACUGGAAUAUCAUCCACAUUUGAAUUCCACAAAACAUGAAACAUAUUUCUACUUUUUUUAUGACAAAAUUCACUAAUGAUGACAGAAGUAGAGUUGAUAAAUUUCUUCAUUGUUACUAUGCACUUAAAAAGUUUGAUGAAUAUUUGACCUAGAAAUGUUAUUGCUAUUUUUUUCAAAAUUCAUGUUUGCAAUGUUGCUAUUGUUUGAUGUUUUUUAUUGAUACUGUCAUAUGCACUGUCAUAUAUGUUUUUAGAUUAAAUAUUUGAUGUAGCAGGGAUAUUGCUGUGAAUUUCAUGUUUUUCAAUAUUUGCUUUUGUAAUGUUGCUUUUUCUAAAUUUACUUAAUUUUAAGUAAAUAUUCAAAAUUCAUGUUUGCAAAAACAUUUCUAAAUUCAUGUUUGCAAUGUUGCUAUUGUUUGAUGUUCUUCAUUGAUACUGUCAUAUGCACUUCAAGUGUUUUUAGAUGAAAUAUUUGAUGUAGCAGGGAUAUUGCUGUGAAUUUCAUAUUUUUCAAUAUUUGUUUUUGUAAUGUUGCUUAUUUCUAAAUUUACUUAAUUUUAAGUAAAUAUGUUUUAAAAUCAUAAGAUUUUGUUUUACUCAGUGUUACUGGUACAUUAGUGUUAGUGUUUUGAAGUAUUACCUGUCCAUAUAUUGGACUUUAAAAAUAAUCUGUUGAGGCUCUUGUUGGUGAAUAGAAUAUAUUUUUUGGAAUAUAUUUUUUCUUUGUAUCUGUUCAAAAUAAUAUUAUCAGACAUCAAAUAAGGGUUAACACAAAAGUAAUCUAAAUGUAAUCCAAAAGUAGUCGGAUUAUGUUACCAAAAAUGUGUAGCUAAUCUAAGAGACUAUAUUCCUGAUUACAAAUUUUGUCAUGUAGGCUAAUUUGAAAUCAUGUUUUUAAUAUACAUCAACAAAAUGACACUUUUUUUUAAAAUAAGAACAUGUCAGUUUGAUUUGGAGUCAAUUUUAAUUUGCCAGCCACUAUGGACUGAGAACAAUCCACCUGAAUAAAGCGACAUCAUGCAU